CAACUAAUACAAGCCGCAAUUCAAGCACUUGCGAUUCCUGAGUUGGGAUACUCAAGAGACCUGAUUUCACGCAUCUUCCUUGAUCUCGCCACUCACCACCUCAUUUCAAAAUGCCAACUCCGUUGGACCGCGCAACGAAUUCGAGAGGACCAUUCUUUGCUUUCGCAGCCAUCGUGACUGGCGUCGCUGCUUGGAGCAUCUGGGGCCAGGAUAUCUUCCCUUCCCAAGACCCGACUGGUGAUCCCGAGACCUGGAGCCAUGAGGAGUGCACCCGCUGGCUCAAAAACCGUAACCUCCAUCCAUCACCCUUGGCUACCACUGCAGAGCUCUUGGAACGAAUCAAGGCCAACAUGCGUGUGGAGCGGAAGUAGAGGAUGAAGUGACAUUCGUCGAUUCACCCUGUCUAACAAAGAUGAUUUUUUGAGGGGGUGUUUCGUUGAUUUAUUGGCGACAUGAACAUGUUCAGCUGUGUGCUCACGUAGUAACGAGAAUUUGAUACCCGGUUGUUGACUUCCGCAAGACAAUUCUACGAGUCUAUUCCAAUUUUGAGACUCUCAUAUAUCAUCCUAUCACUCUGAUGUACUUACCUUGUGUACAGGCAUCUCUCUCACUAUCAAAAGGCGGUGAAGUGUAUCUUCGUUUUCGCACAGAAACUAUAGAGUGACUGGUCCAGUAACUCUAUG